CCAGUGGGGAAUAAAUCAUAUUAACUAAGAAAGCAAGGGAAGGAACUACUGAGAUCAAGGUUGGACUCCAUAUUGCUUCAAGCCAGAGGCCAGUUCCUGGUCAGUGGCUCCCAUGCUAGUCUUGAUGUUUAGGAAGUGGUAUCAGCAGAGACAGAGCUGCACACUUUCUCUGGACAGAUGGCAGGAGAAGAGAACUUCAAGGAAGAGCUCAGAUCCCAGGAUGCUCCCAGGAACUUGAACAGGCGUGAGGCAGCAGGGUAUCCGUAUUCCCGGUCUCUGAAGAUGCUGUUACGCAGAUUGAAGGUCGUCACCACCAAGCAGGAUGACAAGUUUACCAACCUCCUGGUUGCGGUGGGGGAGUUCGGCACCUUCCAACGGAGGCUGGUGGCCCUCACCUUUAUCCCCAGCAUCCUGUCGGCCUUCUUCAUGUUUGCUGACCACUUCGUGUUCACAGCUCAGAAGCCCUAUUGCAACACCAGCUGGAUCCUGGCAGUGGGCCCCCACCUGUCCGAAGCUGAGCAGCUGAAUCUGACCAUACCCCGGGCAUCCAAUGGCAGUCUCCUGACCUGCCUCAUGUACCUUCCUGUGCCCUGGAAUCUGGAUUCUAUCAUCCACUUUGGCCUCAAUGACACAGACAUAUGCCGAAAUGGAUGGAUCUAUCCUGACGCUAAGAAGCGAUCGCUGAUUAAUGAGUUUGACUUGGUAUGUGGCAUGGAGUGGAAGAAGGACACCCCAGAGAUCGUGUUCAUGGCAGGGCUCCUGAUAGGCUCAGUCGUUUUCGGGCUCAUAACUGACAAGAUGGGCCGUUACCCUGCCAUCCUGCUGUCGCUGCUGGGGCUGAUCAUCUUCGGCUUCGGGACAGCCUUCGUGAACAGCUUUCACCUGUAUUUGUUCUUUCGCUUUGCCGUCUCGCAGUCAGUGGUGGGCUACGCCAUCAGCAGCAUUUCUCUGGCCACUGAGUGGCUCAUGGACAAGCACCGGGCCCAUGCCAUCAUCCUGGGGCACUGCUUCUUCGCCGUGGGGACCGUGUUGCUGACGGGGAUCGCCUACAGACUUCCCCACUGGCGGCUGCUGUUUCUGGUGGGUGGGGUACCUGCAUUCCCCCUCAUCUCCUAUAUCUGGAUUCUCCCGGAGUCCCCACGGUGGCUGAUGAUGAAAGGGAAGGUGAAGGAGGCCAAGCAGGUGUUGUGCUACGCAGCGAGUGUGAACAAGAAGACCAUUCCUGCAAAUCUGCUGGACGAGCUGCAGCUGCCCAGAAAGAAGGUGACUAAGGCCUCUGUCCUGGACUUCUGCAAGAAUAGACAACUCUGCAAGGUGACGUUGGUGAUGGGCUGUGUGUGGUUUACCAUCAGUUACACCUAUUUUGCAUUGAUCCUGAGAAUGAGAGUGCUGGGCGUGAGCCUCUACUUCAGACAUGCAUUCCCUGGCAUCAUGGAAGUGCCUGCCCUGCUGUGCUGCCGUUUUCUUCUGCAGCAGAUUGGGAGGAAGUGGAGCCUGGCUGUGGCUCUCUUCCAAGCUGUCAUCUGGUGCUUGGUUCUCCUUUUCCUCCCUGAAGAGGAGGAUGGCCUCAGACUCAGGCAGCCACGUUGUCCGGCAGCAGGGCUGAAAUCCGUGACAGUCUUGGUGAUCACACUGGGAGAGGUCAGCCUGGCUGCGACCGCCACGGUGUUCUUCCUCCACACCGCGGAGCUCGUCCCCACUGUGCUCAGGGCAACAGGUCUGGGGCUGGCAUCUCUGGCUUCGGCGGCUGGAGCCAUCUUUUCCCUGACAACCGUCAGACAGACCCUCUCCCACCUGCCCGUCUUUUUCUGCUGCGUCUCAGCCAUUGUGGGCUUUUCCCUCUCCUUCCUGCUGCCGGAAACACAAGAUCAGUGCCCCUCUGACAGCCUGGACCACUCCUCACAGAUGGGGAAUGAGGUUGAGGACAUGAUGACGGAGGAUGCGUCAUCUGAUGAUGUGUCUGAAGAAGCAGCCAAGAACAGCGUUCUCAAUGCCCAGAUCCUGAAACUGGACCCAUACCCUAUCUCCAGCACUUCCUUGGGGGGAUUCAAUGAAGGGGAAGCAGACAGCCGGGCUCCCUGAGGGCCAGGCCCCCAGACCGUCUUGGGUUGGAAUGGAGUGGCCAAGCAUGGGCUUGUGGAUUUCAGGCCACAAAUUCCAGGCCCAGUUUAGUCAGGGGGGCAGGGUUAGUCCUGCUCCCGGCCAGCCCUUGACAUAAAAAAAAAUAAAUAAAAAAGGCCCCUCUUCUGCAGGAGCU